AUGCAGGCUAUGAAUGAUCUCCAAGGCACCAAGAAAAUCUCCUCUUGUGUUGGUAUUGAUAAUGACAGCAAGCUGAAGAGACAUAACUUGGAAGCUGAGAAGCGACUCAAAAGAAUGGAACAAGACUAUCUCCACGCAAACCAAAAGUUCACAGAAACAAGAUCUCAGUGGGAGAGCUUAUAUGAUGAGAAAAUACGCGCUAUCAAUCUCUGUAACUCUGCUUCAAAUUUCAUAAACUCCUGCAACCAACUUGUAGAGAAAUUGCAGAGUACUCUUGACAAGAUACCUACAACAGAAAAAGCCACUGAUCAUAGCCUGCAAGACUCGUUGUUCAACAGCGGUAAGACCUUGGCACGAGAAAAUAUGAUGAUACUUCAGCAGAAAGCACAAUGCCAGAAGCUAGAGCAUGAAGCAAUACGUGAAUUCAGAGAAAUAAACCGCGAGCUUAAACCCUCAAGAUUCAUAGUCUACUCACACGUACUUCUUAACUUUUUGUCUUACCAGCUCCACUACAAUCGAAGGAGUGAUAGCAGAAAAGCUGUAAAUGAUCUACUAAAAGAGGUUAGAGAUAAGAACAAGUGUAUAGACAAAGCUCUUUCAAAUUGUACACUAGUUUGUAAACCCACAAGCCAUGACACUUUGACAACAUCUGUGAAGCAGAAAGCACAAUGCCAGAAGCUAGAGCAUGAAGCAAUACGUGAAUUCAGAGAAAUAAACCGCGAGCUCCACUACAUUCAAAGAAAAAUGCCAAGGAGUGACAGCAGAAAAGCUGUAAAUGAUCUCCUAAAAGAGGUUAAAGAGAAGAACAAGUGUAGAGACAAAGCUCUUUCAAUCUGUACACUAGUUUGUACACCCACAAGCCAUGACACUUUGAGAACAUCUGUGGAGCUGGAAAUAAAAGUUCUGAAGAAGCUGAUCAGAGAACUUCAGAAAGACUGGGAAGAAAAACUGCAAAUAAAGCAAUAUGCAACAAAUAUACAUAAAACAUUCAGACAAAAAGCUAGGCAUCUACAGAAGAAAAAGGAACACUUAUCGGGACAAUGGGACGAAGAAAGGAAAAACAUGCUCCGUGUGAUGAUGGAGCAUGACAGGAUUGGUACAUACCCAGAAGCUACAUAUAUAAUGUAUGUCAAGAUGUCAAAUGAUAACUAA